GGAGAGGCCAGCUCUGCCCCGCUGAUCCGAGGGGCCCAACUUUAUGGGGGGCUAGCUAGACCGCACUUCACCGCCCGCUGUGCGGCCAACAGGGGGGUUUUGAAGUUCAUGACCACAUGGAUGUAUCUAAUAACUGAAGGAUACCUGGGGACAUGGUGGUCCUUUAGAGAGCACAUCUAAAUUACUGGCUGAGUGUCCAGUUUGCCACUCAACAUAGGACAUUGUGCGGUUCUGUCUGUCGGAAGGCUCCUGCUAAAUUUCCCCCGCCAUGCUGUCUUUAUUAGCUUGAACUCCUUUCCUAAAAUGGUCCUUCUGUUGAUCCUGUCAGUCCUGCUUUUGAAAGAAGAUGUCCGUGGGAGUGCACAGUCGAGUGAGAGGAGGGUGGUGGCCCACAUGCCGGGUGACAUCAUCAUUGGGGCUCUCUUUUCCGUCCACCACCAGCCCACGGUGGAUAAAGUCCACGAGCGGAAGUGCGGGGCGGUUCGAGAACAGUAUGGCAUUCAGAGGGUGGAGGCCAUGCUGCACACCCUGGAAAGGAUCAACUCGGACCCCACGCUCCUGCCCAACAUCACGCUGGGCUGUGAGAUAAGGGAUUCCUGCUGGCAUUCGGCCGUGGCCCUGGAGCAGAGCAUUGAAUUUAUAAGGGACUCGCUCAUUUCUUCAGAAGAGGAGGAAGGUUUGGUGCGCUGUGUGGACGGCUCUUCCUCUUCCUUCCGCUCCAAGAAGCCCAUAGUUGGAGUCAUUGGGCCCGGCUCCAGUUCCGUGGCCAUUCAGGUCCAGAACUUGCUCCAGCUUUUCAACAUACCUCAAAUUGCAUACUCGGCAACAAGCAUGGAUCUGAGCGACAAAACUCUGUUCAAGUACUUCAUGAGGGUUGUGCCCUCAGAUGCACAGCAAGCCCGGGCCAUGGUGGACAUCGUGAAGAGGUACAACUGGACCUACGUGUCAGCUGUGCACACGGAAGGCAACUAUGGAGAAAGUGGGAUGGAAGCUUUCAAAGACAUGUCAGCGAAGGAAGGGAUUUGCAUCGCUCACUCUUACAAAAUCUACAGCAACGCAGGAGAGCAAAGCUUCGAUAAACUGCUGAAGAAGCUCAGGAGUCACCUGCCCAAGGCCCGGGUGGUGGCCUGCUUCUGUGAGGGCAUGACGGUGAGGGGUCUGCUGAUGGCCAUGAGGCGCCUGGGUCUGGCGGGAGAAUUCCUGCUUCUGGGCAGUGAUGGCUGGGCUGACAGGUAUGAUGUGACAGAUGGAUAUCAGCGAGAAGCUGUUGGUGGAAUCACAAUCAAGCUCCAAUCUCCCGAUGUCAAGUGGUUUGAUGAUUAUUAUCUGAAGCUCCGGCCAGAAACAAACCUCCGAAACCCUUGGUUUCAAGAAUUCUGGCAGCAUCGUUUUCAGUGCCGGCUGGAAGGGUUUGCACAGGAAAACAGCAAAUACAACAAGACUUGCAAUAGUUCUCUGACUCUGAGAACACAUCAUGUUCAAGACUCCAAAAUGGGAUUUGUGAUCAACGCAAUCUAUUCCAUGGCCUAUGGGCUCCACAACAUGCAGAUGUCCCUCUGUCCAGGCUACGCGGGCCUCUGUGAUGCAAUGAAGCCAAUUGACGGACGGAAGCUUUUGGACUCCCUGAUGAAAACCAAUUUUACUGGGGUUUCUGGAGACAUGAUCCUAUUUGAUGAGAAUGGAGAUUCUCCGGGAAGGUAUGAAAUAAUGAAUUUCAAGGAAAUGGGAAAAGAUUAUUUUGAUUAUAUCAAUGUUGGAAGCUGGGACAAUGGAGAAUUAAAAAUGGAUGAUGAUGAAGUAUGGUCCAAGAAAAGCCACAUUAUCAGAUCCGUGUGCAGUGAACCAUGUGAGAAAGGCCAGAUAAAGGUGAUCCGGAAGGGAGAAGUCAGCUGUUGUUGGACCUGCACUCCUUGUAAAGAGAAUGAGUAUGUCUUUGAUGAGUACACCUGCAAGGCGUGCCAGCUGGGGUCCUGGCCCACGGAUGACCUUACAGGUUGUGAUUUGAUCCCCGUGCAGUACCUUCGAUGGGGUGACCCGGAGCCCAUUGCAGCUGUGGUGUUUGCCUGCCUCGGCCUGCUGGCCACUCUGUUUGUCACCGCAGUCUUCAUCAUUUACCGUGACACACCAGUAGUCAAGUCCUCCAGCAGGGAACUCUGCUACAUCAUCCUUGCUGGCAUCUGCCUGGGCUACUUAUGUACCUUCUGCCUCAUUGCAAAACCUAAACAGAUUUACUGCUACCUUCAGAGAAUAGGCAUUGGUCUCUCCCCAGCGAUGAGCUACUCAGCCCUGGUGACCAAGACCAAUCGCAUUGCGAGGAUCCUGGCGGGCAGCAAGAAGAAGAUCUGUACCAAAAAGCCCAGGUUCAUGAGUGCCUGUGCCCAGCUAGUGAUUGCUUUCAUUCUCAUAUGCAUCCAGCUGGGCAUCAUCGUCGCCCUCUUCAUAAUGGAGCCUCCUGAUAUAAUGCACGACUACCCAAGCAUUCGAGAAGUCUACCUGAUCUGCAAUACCACAAACCUGGGAGUGGUCACUCCCCUUGGAUACAAUGGAUUGCUGAUUUUGAGCUGUACCUUCUACGCUUUCAAGACCAGAAACGUUCCCGCUAACUUCAACGAGGCCAAGUACAUCGCCUUCACGAUGUACACCACCUGCAUUAUCUGGCUGGCCUUUGUGCCCAUCUACUUCGGCAGCAACUACAAAAUCAUCACCAUGUGCUUCUCAGUCAGCCUCAGCGCCACGGUGGCGCUCGGCUGCAUGUUUGUGCCCAAGGUGUACAUCAUCCUGGCCAAGCCGGAGAGGAACGUGCGCAGCGCCUUCACCACGUCGACCGUGGUGCGCAUGCACGUGGGGGACGGCAAGUCUUCCUCCGCAGCCAGCAGGUCCAGCAGCCUCGUCAACCUGUGGAAGAGGAGGGGCUCCUCUGGGGAAACCCUAAGGUACAAAGACAGGAGACUGGCCCAGCACAAGUCGGAAAUAGAGUGUUUCACACCCAAAGGGAGUAUGGGGAAUGGUGGGCGAGCAACAAUGAGCAGCUCCAAUGGAAAAUCCGUCACGUGGGCGCAGAACGAGAAGAGCAGCCGAGGGCAGCACCUGUGGCAGCGGCUGUCCAUCCACAUCAACAAGAAGGAGAACCCCAACCAAACGGCGGUCAUCAAGCCCUUCCCCAAGAGCACCGAGAGCCGCGGCCUGGGCGCGGGCGGCGGCGCCGGGGCGGGGGGCGCGGGCGGCGCAGGCGCGGGGGCCGCGGGCGCGGGCGGCGGCGGCGGGCCCGAGCCCCCGGACGCCGGCCCCAAGGCGCUGUACGACGUGGCGGAGGCCGAGGAGCACUUCCCCGCGCCCGCGCGGCCGCGCUCGCCAUCGCCCAUCAGCACGCUGAGCCAGCGCGCGGGCUCGGGCGGCCGCACGGACGACGACGUGCCGUCGCUGCACUCGGAGCCCGCGGCGCGCAGCAGCUCGUCGCAGGGCUCGCUCAUGGAGCAGAUCAGCAGCGUGGUGACCCGCUUCACGGCCAACAUCAGCGAGCUCAACUCCAUGAUGCUGUCCACCGCCGCUCCCGGCCCCGGCGCGGGCGCCCCGCUCUGCUCGUCCUACCUGAUCCCCAAAGAGAUGCAACUGCCCACCACCAUGACCACGUUCGCCGAGAUCCAGCCGCUGCCCGCCAUCGAGGUCACGGGCGGCGCGCAGCCCGCGGCCGCGGCCCCGCCGGCUGAGGGCGCGGCCCGGGAGCCCCCGGCGGCCGGGCCCGAGGCGGCGGCCGGCAAGCCGGACCUGGAGGAGCUGGUGGCUCUCACCCCGCCGUCCCCCUUCAGAGACUCGGUGGACUCGGGGAGCACCACCCCCAACUCGCCGGUGUCCGAGUCGGCCCUCUGUAUCCCAUCGUCUCCCAAAUAUGACACACUGAUCAUAAGAGAUUACACUCAGAGCUCCUCGUCCUUGUGAAUGUCUUUGGAAACCAAGCUGGGUUCCCCGUCGGAGCCGCGACCUCCGGUUCCCACAGUCGCCUGGUUAAGACCCGAGGUGGAAGACGCCAAGGACACCUGUAAUGGAAACAAGAGAUUAAUAGUGCUAUUUAACAUCAACCGACGAAGACACCAACCACGAAUCUUCUGGCAGAUUUUCUUCUAGUGGCCUUAGAAAACAUGGGCUCUUAGGAAACGCGGCUUCUAUUUCUGAGGGCUGACAAGGAGUCUGUUGAAACAGUUACAUACCAAGUGCUUUUUGCUCUAGGGAAACAACGAGUGUGAAUGAAACAGCCUAAUGGAGGGGAAACGGCAUAAUUAAUAAGCAACUGUAAAAAAAAAAAAAAGUUUUGUUUGUUUACUUUCAUUCUUUUCCCAGAAGAUUCUUUGAUUCACCAAACAUGAAUGUACAUUUUCUAACAAACUCAAAAAAUCUGGGACCAAAAACGUCAACUUUUCUCUGACUUUUUUCUUUCUUUCUUUCUUCUUUCCUUUAAAGACCUUGGAAAGCAGUAAGUCGGGCCCGGUACCUACUGAGGCUUUGAUGUGAGGCUUUGCCGUGCAUAACACACAACUGGAUGAUGAUUGUUGCACUGGUGUAUGUAGGGCUUUUACCAGAGAGUUUCCUUCCAAUUUGAUGGUGACAUCCUCUUCCAAAAGCCUGCGUCCUGGAUUCCACCUAGUUAUUUCAGUUCACCUCCAUGAACCAAGAAAACCAGUGGAAGAUUUCUUGACUAUUUCACCAUGUUGCCAAUC